AUGCCCAGCCAGACUGCCGACUACCACUCUCACCUCUCAUACACCAACAUGUCAAAUUCCUCAGAGAGCAGCAGCGGCAGUCGCAACGGUACCUUCCCGUCCAUGGCCACUACCACAUCACCGCCGCCUGUCGACGUGCCAAGCUAUUCCAAGAUGAUGCUCGACCACCAAAAGAGACAGAUGGAGAGGUCCACUCCGGAGUCGCGACGCGGGUCCGGCGACAGGCACAGCCAUCAGAACGGUGUGACAUCGACGUACAACCCCCCGUCCAGCAACCACGCGUCGUACCGCUCAUGA